AUGACCACGUUGGAAAGGACGCCAAAGAGAAUAGGAAUCAUUGGUGCUGGUCCUGCGGGGCUUGCUGCUCUCAAAUCUAUUCUCGAAUCUCCCGAAUAUGCCCUGGGACAAUGGGUACCUACCGUGUUCGAGACAUCGCACACCGUUGGCGGCGUCUGGCAUUCCUCGGUCUCAUCACCCCUCUACGAUUCAUUGACGACAAACCUACCACAUCCUCUGAUGGGGUUUCCAUCUUUUCCCUUUCCCCCUAACACACCGCUGUUCCCACAUGCAGACAGAGUGCAGUCGUAUUUGGAAGCAUAUUCGGAUACCUUUGGGCUUCGUUCACAUGUGAAGUUCAAGGCGCAUGUAGUGGACAUUAAAUGGCGGGAUCCAUGCUGGGAGAUACUGACUGAGAAUAGUUCGGAGGUGUAUAGAUGCUCGCUUCUCUUGGUUUGCAAUGGACACCAUAACACUCCGCGUGUGCCUUCCAUCCCAGGUCUAGAUUCUUGGCUUUCUUCUUCGCGCGCAUCCCAUUCCCAAACGUACCGCAAUCCCCAUAGCAUUCCCAUUCCUCUCAAGGACGCCUCUAUUCUCGUUGUUGGAAGUGGCCCAAGUGGGCUCGAUAUCUCAGCGGAGCUCCUUCCCCUCGCAAGGCGAGUAUUUUUAUCGACAUCUACAGGCGCCCCUCCUUCGCCUCCAUCGCAGUGCACAAUUAAGCCACGUACAACGUCGUUCUCAUCAUCCUCCACCGUUCAUUUCUCUGAUGGUACCACCGAGAAUAUUGAUUACUGUGUUCUUGCCACGGGGUACAGUGUCACAUUUCCCUUCUUCAAAAAUGAUUCUAAUGCAGGGUUCCAAAUUGUGCCCUCGUUGAUACCAUCCGAUCCUCCUGAGGAUUCAACUCAUUCUCUAAUAAAUACUUCAUAUUCGCUCUUCCCCUUGGCGCGGCACCUUUUUGGAUUCCCUGGUUGCGGUUUUCGUUCUCAUAUCCAGGGCCAGGAACAAAACAACCUUCCUCCACCCACUUCGAUAGCAUUUCUUGGGUUAUUGGUGCGCGUUGCACCGCUUCCGAUUGUGGAAGCACAAGCGCGUGCUGCUCUGGCAGUUUUUCGCUCCUCUAUUGAGCCUACUGACAGCAUUUCAGGCGUAGAUGCAACCUCAACGACGAAUACCAACGACUACACACGCCCGCAGAUAGAUUGGGUGCACGAGUCUAAUCUCAUUUCAACACGCCAUCUAUACCUCACCUCCAAAUUUUACGAGUCUCAAUCCUCACCUUCGAACUCCGAUUCACCAAAUACCCCCGAUUCCAACCUCCCCCUUCGCCAGUUUCUCUCCCACAGAUGGCACCACUUUGAACCACCCGACCAAUUCGCGUACCGUGAUGAAUUGGAUGACCUCGUUUCCUCUCUCUCUCGCACUGAUGAGCACAAGCGAGUGCGAACGAGAAACUGGGAACUUCUUAUCUAUCUCCAUAAUCUCGCGUUGCGACGCACAUGGCGCCUCAUUGAGGCCCGGGGCGAGGCUGAGGAAUGGGUGCGUGGUGUGGGGACAGGUGCAAGUGGGAGGAGUGGGGAAGAAGAGUGGGUGGAUCUCAUGUGGCGAGUUGUAAAGUGGGGUGAAGAGCACGAUGAUUCAGGGGAACUGAGAAUUGCGCCUAACGAUGAACAGAAGCAGGAUGUGGAGGGUGUAGGAGAGAUUUAA